AUGUCGUCCCAACUAGAGAUCUUCCUCAAGGCCCUUUCUCGCCUCUUAGGAUGGAUAUACACGCUAUGUUGGUCCGCAUCCUUCUAUCCUCAAUUAAUCUCCAACAUUCAGCGACGUUCGACAGUUGGAUUGGCCAUUGAUUUCCCCACCAUUAAUACUUUGGGAUAUGUGUACUACACUGCGUAUACAGCCGCCUUCCUAUACUCCCCAGUGAUUCGUCGCCAAUAUGCCGCUCGUCAUCCCGGGUCCGAAGGGUCUACCGUGCGAUUUAAUGACUUUGCUUUUGCGGUUCACGCUCUUAUUCUCAGCUUGUUCUGGGGCUCUAUCGUGGCCGUUGCUAUUUUAAUCUUUAUCGUCCUUGGUAAAAGCCCCGAUGGGGGCUAUGAUCCAUCCACCUGGGGAUGGAUCGACGUGGUAUACGGUCUAUCCCACGUAAAAGUACUGGUCACCGUCACCAAGUAUGUGCCGCAGGCGUGGGUAAACUAUAAGCGCAAAUCCACUCAAGGGUGGCACAUUGGUCAAAUCUUGCUGGACAUAGCGGGCGGUGUCUUCUCCUUGGUCCAAUUGUUUCUUGACUCGAGUUUCCAGGACGAUUGGAGCGGCAUCACGGGAAAUCCUAUCAAGCUCCUGCUGUCGAACAUCUCGAUCUUUUUUGAUAUUCUCUUCAUGGUCCAGCAUUACAUUCUCUAUAGGGACGCAGGCGAUAAAGGAACCAAGCACCAGGACCCAGAUGUUACCACCCCUUUGUUGACCGAGUCCAACGGCGUACAGAGGACAGAAGAUGUCUGA